AUGCCUGCCGCACUCACGUUCAAACACUUCUCCUCGAUCACAUUCAAUCUCUCUCAUCUCUCGCCGACCUUGUCCAGCCGGGCCUCGCGGCUGCUCCUAUCGGCCAUCCCUGCCAAACCCUCCCCAAAGUAUCCUCAACUUCCGCAGGUGACCGUCAAGACCACAGACGGCGUGGGCAGCAUGGAGAUGGUGUAUAGCGAUAAGAAGACGCUGAAGAUUGAUCUCGAUGGGGACCUCAAGUACGAGGACCUACGGAGAAAGGUGGAAGCUCCAGCACGAGCAUUACGUAUGAAGGAGGAGGGAAUGUAAGGCUGUCCCGAUCAUUGUACGAC